AUGUCGAGACGAAAGAAUAAACAUCCGAAACGCGCGGUAAACGUAGAGACGGUGGUGGUUGCGAGUGCUGUGGAGGAGAGAGAAGAAGAAGAAGAAGAAGAAGAAGAAGAAGAACCACCGGUGUUGUGUUUGAGGAUUCCUGACGAGGACGAAGUCGUUUUUGAAAUCUUCGAGCAAAAGGAGAUACGAAAAGAAAAGACGACGACGACGAGAGGGAAGAGGAAGAGAGGGCACGAGUGCGAUGUUUGCGAGAAGGUUUUUGCAAAACCAUCCGAUUUGGCCAGACAUAUGCGUACGCACACGAACGAGAAACCGUAUGAAUGUGAUGUGUGCGAGAAGCGUUUUAGUGAUUCCGGUAAUUUGAAGAAGCACAUGCGUAUUCACACGAACGAGAAACCGUACGAAUGUGAUGUGUGCGAGAAGAGAUUUCGUACAUCUAGUAAUUUGAAAGUCCACGCGCGUAUUCACACGAACGAGAAACCGUAUGAAUGCGAUGUUUGCGAGAAGCGUUUUCGUCAUUCUCAAGGUUUGAAAAGGCACAUGCGUAUUCACACGAACGAGAGACCGUUUGAAUGCCACGUGUGCGAGAAGAGGUAUCGUCACGCUACUGGUUUAAAGUACCACAUGCGUACUCAACAUUAG